CUCUCUCUUCCCCGAUGCCUUAUUCCCUUCGUAGAGGCAGCUGUUGCCCAGUUUCUCCUGUUUUCUUCCAGAAUUGUCUGCAGUCACCUCUCUACCCACACAAUCAUCUCUAUCCACCUAUGCAUUUGUUCAGCUCUUUUUUUUCCUAUUUAUGUAUAUAACUAGCUAUUGAUCCACCAGCCAUCCAUCCGUAGAAAAAUCAGGAAUGUUUAAAUGAAUGGUUAUCACAAAUACAGCAGUUCAGAGGAGGCUUUAGGAGUCAGUAGCCUGGGUCCCCAGGCCAGCCACCAACCCACUUUGUAACUUUGGCCAAGAGGCUCUGCUGCUCUCAGCCCGCUUCCCCCUGUGUACAACGAGGCUGACCACACUCCCAGGGGCGGUGCAUGUGCCCUGGAAAGUGGAGACAUGGAGCUGAUGGAAAGUCCCGUGGAGGGUCUGCUCUGCACUCAGGCCUGCAGUGAGGGAAGACCCAGUGUGGUUUUCUACCCAAAUGAGGGGAACAGAAGAGGGCAAAGGGAAGCAAAGAAGGGAUGCUGACAGAAGAGGAGAGCCAGAUUCCAGCACAUUCUUUCGCAGUGGCUCUGAAGUGAGAGAAAUUGGAGAAAUUCUCCGUGCUCAGGAAAAGGUAGAGGAAAAGAUCGACUUAAAGAUGGGUGACACGAGUGUUACUGAUCAUAAGCUACAUGUGGAGAAAAUAAUUAAAAAUAUUAAUACAAUUUCUCUGGAGUUGAAGAAGAUAAAAGAUGUGCAUCACAUGCUGAUGCUUACAGCAGCCACAGCCAAGGGGACUGGGACUGCCAAGACUGGUUUGGACCAGUCAGAACUUACUACUGGAGCUGGGGAAAGGAGCACCUCAAAUGAAAUCAAGCUGUGACACCAAGAAGAAGAGGGCGUGGCCAUUAGUUUGGCACCAAAUAGUGAGUGCCUAUUAUACUUUUUUCAUGUGUUCUCCUAGGACAGCAUUUCCUAGACUUUGAUCUGUGAACCCCGCUGUUUCAAAAGAUGUUAGUAGAUGGUGUAUAGUAGAACAGAGUCCAUGCUUUUAUGAUCAAAUAAGUUUGGGAAGUGCUUUAUGCUAUGUAUUUCACAAAUUUACAGUGCAUAUUAACAAAGGCUCUGAAGAGUAUGAUGUUAAAGAAAUCUGACUACCAUUAAUUCAUCACUUCUCAAAACCAGUCUCAACACCACCGUGAAGAUUCUCUUUCUAAAAUGCAAAUCUGCAGAAAACCUUCAUUGGCUCCCCAUUGUCCUCAGAAUGGACUAUAUGACCUGUUGAGAUCAGGCCCCUCCUUUCCUCUCUAGUCUCUUACUCUGUUCUUCCUGCAUGUUCUGUGCUUUAACCAUACUGAACUAUUUGCAUAUCCACAAGUGCUCUUCUGUAUCUGCUUCAACACAUACUUGUCCUGAAAUCUCACUGUUAUACCCCACCUCCACCACACCAGGUUAACUACUAGCAGUCAAGGUCUCUUACAUUGGAAAACUUUUUUUGAGUCGGUGUGUUAUCCCUUCUGCCCUUUCCUGUCUACCUGUUAUGCUGUUUUAUAAUUGUGUAUUUCCUUACGUUUCUUAUCCCUGCUCAACUGUAAGCUCCUUAGGGGUAUUUCUAGCACUUAACACUGUGCCUUGAUUGCUUGAAUUCUUGAAAAAUGUUUAUUAAAUGAAUAAAUCGUUUUGGAUGCUUGAACUCAUUUAAAACAAUUAAGAAGCUUUAGAUUCCUCCCACACUUGAUUAUAUAAUUUUUCUAGUUUGGAGAUUAUUCUUUCCUGAAAUAAAAUGUAAUAACU